GAACGUUUUCCAAAAUGGCGGUGCCCUUCUUAGAAUGGGCUCUGCUGUUUAUCUCUUGAUACCAAUUUCAUCUUAAAAGUGGACCUACUUCAGACCGAUUGGAUUCAGUUAGUAAAACACGAAGGAUUCAUGUUAAAGGAGUCCAAGGACACUAUGGCGUCCAUCACGGGCCAAGCGUUUCUGGACCACAUCAAACCUUGUUGGUACUGGGACAAGAAGGACCUGGCCCACACACCCUCCCAGUCGGAGGGUCUUGAUUGCGGCAUUGAGGCCCGCUACCGGAGGGAAGGCGCCCGCUUUAUAUUCGACGUGGGAACCCGACUUGGCCUACAUUAUGAUACGCUGGCAACAGGCAUCAUCUACUUUCAUCGCUUCUACAUGUUCCACUCCUUCAAACAAUUCCCCCGAUACGUAACGGGUGGCUGCUGCCUUUUCCUGGCCGGGAAGGUGGAGGAGACGCCCAAGAAAUGUAAGGACAUCAUCAAGACGGCCCGCAGCCUGCUCAACGACGUGCAGUUCGCCCAGUUUGGAGAUGACCCCAAGGAGGAGGUGAUGGUGCUGGAGAGGAUCCUUCUGCAGACCAUCAAGUUUGACUUGCAGGUGGAGCACCCCUACAUGUUCCUGCUUCGCUACGUCAAGCAGCUCAAAGGGGACAAAAGUAAGGUGUGCAAAGUGCUGCAGAUGGCAUGGACCUUUGUCAAUGACAGCCUGUGCACCAUGCUGUCGGUCCAGUGGGAGCCCGAGAUCAUCGCCGUGGCCGUCAUGUACCUGGCAGGCCGCCUCUCCAAGUUCGACCUCCAGGGCUGGGUCUCGAAGCAGUCGUCGCGCCGCUGGUGGGAGCAGUUCGUCCAGGACGUGCCCGUGGAGCUGCUGGAAGACAUCUGCCACCAGAUCCUGGACCUGUACUCGCAGGGCAACAAGCCCAUCCCCCAGCAGAUCCAGGAGAAGGAGCGUGCCCACCCCCAGCCCCAGCCCCCCUCCCUGGCUCCCCCAGCCCCGCAGGCACCCCCGCCCGGGGCCAACCCACCACUGCCCCCACAGCCCAAGAAGACCUCGCCCCAGGGCGCCAGUCCCGCCCUCCCACUCAAACGGCCCCACGUGUCCCCAAAAGAUGAACCCAAAGCUCCAGAACCUGUUGGCCUAAAGAUCCCUCGCCUGGAGAGCCCCCAGCCCCCCCAGCCCCCCCAGCCCCCCCUGCCCACCUCCCUGCCCCCCCCAGGUGAGUGCCCCGACAGCCUUCGCCGCCCUCUGCGCGUCGGCGCGGCUCUCGGUGUAACCCCGCGGCCCCCUAACGCCUCCGCCCUCGCCUCUCUUUGCUCCGCAGAGCGCCCGGCCCCGGCCCCGCCCGCCGAGCCCGAGCCGGUCCCCGAGGAGGCCCCGCCUCCCCCGGCCGUCCCGCCCCCCCUCCCCCACCGCCCGCCGCCCCCGCCGCCCUCCAACUACAUCAUGUCCACCACCAGCUCCUACAUGUCGGGCGAGGGCUUCCAGAGCCUGCAGUCCCUGAUGAAGACGGAGGCGCCCGCCUACGCCCCGCCCAUGCCCCCCGCCUACGGACACCCCAUGCCCCCCUACCACGCCUACCCGCCGCCCAACGCCCCCCCGCCGGGACCCCCCCCUCCUCCCCCCACCUCCUACCCCCCCUCCAUGCCGCCGGCCUUCCCCCCGCCCGGCUACAACCACAGCUACCCGCACCCGCCGCCCCGGAUGCCCCUGGGCCACGAGUACCCGCCCCCCCCCGGUCACGACUACCCCCCCCUCCAGGGUCACGACUACGCCCCCCACCAGGGACUGGAGUACGCCCAGCACCAGGGACUGGAGUACGCCCAGCUCCCGGGACACGAGUACGCCCCGCCGGGGCACGAAUACGCCCCGCCCCCGGGUCAUGAGUAUGCCCCGCCCCCCGGUCACGAGUAUGCUCCGCCUCCGCUGGGGAUCCCAGGGUACCACCCCCCACCUCUACCGGGACAGCCCGGCGGCAUGCCCAUGAACCACGGCUGGUUGAGAUGAGAGAGACAGACGGAGAGAGAGAAAAGAGAGAGAGAGAGAGAGAGAGAGACAUACAGAGAGAGAGAGAGGGAAGAAAGGGGGGAGAGAGAGGAGCAUGGGAGAGAGAGGAGCAGGGGAGAGAGAGGAGCAGGGGAGAGAGAGGAGCAGGGGAGAGAGAGGAGCAGGGGAGAGAGAGGAGCAGGGGAGAGAGAGGGUACAACGGACGUGACAGAGAAAGGGUCCAACUGCACCAAACCCGUUAGGGACCUUAAAGCAUGGCAGCUGAAAUGUUCCAGAAUUUCACAACGGACCCCCCCCCCCCCCCCCCCCCCACACUCGGCUGGCAUCCCAAUGCGCAGUGGGAAUUAUUUUUGCUUACGAUUUAUUUUUUAUGAGAUAAAGCCAUAAUAUGUGACGGACACACUCGGUUUGUAAGACUGUAAACCCAUUGCCGUACUAUUGGCAGUGCAUAUUGUUUUGAAUGGAAGACGUAGAAAUGGCCACUUGCAAAGAAGAAAUUGUUUCGCGCCCCCGUUUGAGUGUUUCAGCAUUAUUGUUUCAACCCAUCUCAGAUUAGGUUUUAAAUAAAAGUUUUUUACUAGUUCCCCGCGCAUUUCUUUCUUUUGACUUUUUCACUCAACUUUUAUGUUAUCUAACGUGAAAUGUAUUUGAGUUUUUUUUUUUUUUUUCGUUUUGCUUUCAACAUUCCACCUUAUAUCAGUGAUUUUCUUUUUUGUUCUUCAUACAGCUAAACGUGUGCUUUCUGCAGAGGAAGAUAAGCUAUUAGACGUAUUAAUUUCAAUCCAUUAUUAUAGACAUGUUGGGAUGCUUUCCAUGGUUUGAGUUGAGCUGCAGGGGACAGUGCUAUAUGAGUAACCAAACUUGAAGCUGUCAUUAAAUCAUCCAUGCCUAAAACUGGAUGGCCCAAGCGCUGUUUGUUUUUAUCUGAAAUCUAGAAUUUCUAUCCAGAUGUGCCUUCGCCGCUGAGAACUUUAGCUAACGAGCCCCUCCCAGUUCAUCUCCCACAUGGAACUUGGAAAAUAAUAGAUGCAUUUUCCAAAAGGUUUUCCGAUUUUUUUCCCCAACCAUUUUGAACAUUGGAUAUACUUUUUUAGAUUAAAUGUUUGACAGUUGUUAGUUUGUAUGAGCUGUUGGAUGAAAUCAUCAUCACAAGUGGAUGUGACCACCUAGAUGUAUCACUGAAACAAAAGAAAUGGCAUAGAACUACUUUCAAGCCGCUUGUAAUGGCUCACACUUGUGUAUUUGUCGACCCGCGGUGAAUAAUAGGCGGACGCCAGUCCCAGCUUCCCAAGCCCUUGACCAGGGAGAGAAUAGCUAAAUAGUGUUAUUGUACAUUUCCACCAGGGGGCAAUCUUACUCAAGUUGAAUCGGUCGCGCUGUCCCCGAUUCACAGCAAAGCUUUUAAAAUGAAUAGAUUUUCUCACUUUCACCGCUAAAAGUCGUGUGUAUUUAUUUUAUUUAUAGCCGCCAAUACCUGAUAUUGGUGUGUUUCAUAAAUCAUGCCUUUGCUACAGAAAUCGACAUUUACAUGGUAUAUUCUAUAAAUUCUGUGUCAUGGUUUUGCACAUCUGCAUGAAAAACGACAGACAUUAAAUAAAAAAGAAUAAUUCCAAUUCAGAACACCAUGCAUAAAACAAGUGGCAGGUUACAGAUCAAACAGAAUGUAGGUCUACAACUGUAUCAUGGCUUCAAAUGGGUAGAAAAAAUUACAUAAAAGAAAUGAAGAUUUUUGCAGACCAAUGGUUUGAGAUAUAAGAACGGAAAGCACCCUUAACUACACUUCGUACAACUAAAAACUGGAAAUGGAAGAUCCUGAGCUGUAGGACAUAGAGGCCAAAACAGAGGUCACUUUUCCAAUUGAAUCGCAAAUCAUAGACUUAACAUAAACAUAUUGGCUAACAGUGCUUGUUCAUUCUGACAUCAAGGAGAAAUUCCUGUUAAAAGUGACAUCUAAGGGUAGACUUAAUCAAUCUUACAGUAUGAACCAAAAAUCAAAAGCAUGCCCUGCACAAACACAUCUGCUGAAUCCACAAAACAAGGUGUACGCAAAACAUUUUCGGUUUGGAUAGUUGGAUGUCAAUAGUUUACUCUGCAUUGUAUCUCAGGGUGCUAUGAGAUUAUCAACAAAUUAAUUGUCAAUCACCUUUGUGUGACGGCCUAGGAUGAUGAUGUAGCAAAUGUCUUCAGCAGAUUCUAAUUGUGUCAGAAGUAGGGUCCGAUAAUUGGGGGGGGAAAACAAGAUUAUCAAGCAUACUACAAUUUCAGAAGAGCAAGUCUUAACUCCAUUAGCUCGCGUUUGGAGGCACGCACACGCACACGCACACGCAGACACAGACACAGACACACAGAUGGGCAAGGGAAAAGACCCCCAAACCUGAGAGCGUGAUUGUCAAGUGUAUACUGAUUGAGGUGAUUUAAUAAAAAAAAUAUCUUUACACAUUUUCAGCCAA